GCCACGCGAGGAUAAAGUAAGUUACAUUCAUUCAUAAACACUUACGUGCUCAAUAACAGACAGUGUUGGUUAACCACAACAACAGCAAUGUUGGUAUUGCGACAACAACAAUGUUGGUAUUGCGGAGUCUAGUCGUCUUUCUUUCUGUUCAAAGCUUAGCUGCGACAAGAAACAAGCUUCUAUUAAUAAGCUUUGAUGGCUUUAGCCCGGUGUUCGCAGAACGAGUUGACACACAAGCAUUUAGUUAUCUAAACACAAAUGGUGUGCGGGCAAAGUUCGUUAAAACAGCCUUUCCCACUUUGACUACUCCAAGCCAUGUAACAAUAGCCACAGGUCUAUAUUCCGAAUCGCACGGGGUUGUACACAAUCUAAAGUUUAAUCGGAGCCACAGUGGAACGAAUGAGACGUUUUACACGACGCUUACUGAGAACGACUGGUGGGACAAUGGCGCAGAACCAAUAUGGAUCACUGCUGUUAAACAGGGCUUACGAAGCGGCGGUUACCGGUUUCCUGGGAGUUACGCAACCUAUGACGGGUUCCGGGCAACCAAGAGCAUACUAGAUAAAGAAGAAGAGUUUAGUGAAGAUGAAUGGAGGAUGAGAGUUGAUGGGGUGAUGAGUUGGUUUGUGAAGGAUCAAAUGGAUGUAGUGGCUUUGUAUUUUGAAUAUCCUGAUUUGACUUGUCAUGAACUUGGAAUGGAUUCGGAAGUCGUAACGAAACAAACCAUUCCUCUCAUCAACCGUACAAUACUAUAUCUUCUGGACAAAGUUAAACAAAACGGAUUGAUUGACAAUUUAAACAUCAUAAUUACAAGUGAUCAUGGGUUUGAAAAUGUGGAUCAAUCAGUCACGGAAGAGGACGUGAUUUCGCUCUCUCGCUACGUAGACGAAUCUCUUAUUUCUUUUCGCCUGGUGGAGCCAUUUUCACCCCUUGCACUUAUUGACCCUGUACCAGGGCAACUGGAACGUGUAUAUAACGCGCUUAAAGAUGCACACCCAAAAAUGGAUGUUUACAAGAAAAGCGAGCUUUCAGAGAGGUUGCAUUUUAAAAACAAUGAUCGAAUUCCAUCCAUUAUAAUCUUAGCUCACCCUGGACAUGAAAUCUAUUGGAAAUAUCCCGGCUAUCAUAAGUACAAGGCAGACCACGGGUUUGAUAAUGCAUUGGAAAGUAUGAACGCGAUUUACUACAGCAUUGGACCUUCGUUCAAGAAAAAUUACGUUGUUGAAGGAUUUGAGUCUGUUCAUAUUUACCCACUUAUGUGUCAUCUACUUGGCAUAGAGCCAGCAGUCAAUAAUGGAUCGUUAGAUGUACUGCGGGAGACUCUGGUUCACGAAGCUAAAUUUGACAAAACUCUAUGGAAAGAACAGAUACUUGUAUUAAGUGCAUUUUUUCUUUUAGUAGUGGGCUGUUUAAAUUAUAUUGGAAGAAAAAAGCCCAAACUAUUGUAAUGUUUUCAAAAACAGAUUUUUUUUACCUCAUAUGUACUCAAUAAUGCCCAGGACAUAACACUGCUUUAUGUUUACAAAAUAUGCUGAUUCAGUUAAGUAUCCGGUAUGUCAGGUACGUGUUCGGCUAAACUGUGAGUUCGUUUCUUGUACAUGUACAUCCGUUGAUUUAUGAUGAACGCCUUUAUUUAAAUUGCUUUUAGUUAUAUACAAAAGCAGAGUGCUGUUAAAUGCCUUUCUAUAUUAUUUUAGAAUACCUAUAUUGUAAUAUUAGUGUGGCGUAACACAUUUGCAUUAUUCAGAUUGCAAUAAAUAUAAGCUCAAUAACCGACGACAAUAUAAA